AUGACGACGGGCGGGGCGGGAGAGCUGUGGCCAGGAGCUGGGCCGUCGAAUGCUAUUGCCGGCAGCAGCAGCAGUGGCGGUGUCUCUGCGUUACGAUAUCGCCAGCGACUUUCGCCUGGCUUGGACGAUGUGGCUCUCGGCAGCAAGCGCGGGUCAGUUGCAUCGAUCGCUUCGCCCGCUGCGCCCAGCCCGCCGCCGCACGGCCUGCCCGUCGACGAUGCGGAGGGUCACUUCAUCGUGCGGCCAGGGGACAGUGUCACUGCUCGCUACAAGAUCCUUUCGCAGCUGGGGCAGGGCACGUUCGGUAAGGUAGUCGAGUGCUACGACCGCAGCGAGCGGCGGCGCGUCGCCAUCAAGGUCAUCCGUGCGAUCCAGAAGUACCGCGAUGCGAGCCAGAUCGAAAUUCGCGUGUUGCGCACACUACGCCAGAACGACCCCAACAACGAGAAUCAGUGUAUCCACCUCCUCAGCACGUUCAGCUACCGCAAUCACGUCUGCAUCGUCUCCGAGUUGCUCGGCAAGAGCGUGUUCGACUUUUUGAAGGAGAACGAGUUCCACCCCUUCCCGUCGACGCAUAUCUGGAGCUUUGCGAAGCAGUUGCUCAAGAGCGUAGCUUUCCUCCACUCGCUCAAUCUUGUCCACACUGAUCUGAAGCCGGAGAACAUCUUGCUCGUCGAUAGCGACUACGUCAGCAAGCCGUACAGUUCGAGGUAUCCCAACUCGAAGAAAUGGCGCAUCCUGAAGAACACUGAAAUCCGCCUGAUCGACUUUGGAAGUGCUACUUUUGACAACGAGUACCACUCGGCCGUCGUCUCGACCCGACACUAUCGCGCGCCGGAGAUCAUCCUCGGCAUGGGCUGGUCAUUCCCUUGUGACGUUUGGUCGAUUGGAUGCAUCCUUGUGGAAUUCCACACAGGCGAUGCGCUCUUUCAGACACAUGACAACUUGGAGCAUCUCGCAAUGAUGGAAGCAGUGCUGGGCAUGAUGCCAGACGAUUUCCGACGCAAAGCUGAAACGUACAAGGCGGACUUGUUCAAAGAUGGGCACCUCGAUUACCCGAACGCCAAGACCAGCAAGACCAGCAAGAAAUACGUGCGAGGCAUGCGGAAGCUUUCGGACACGAUCUCUUAUUCGAGCGCAUACAACAAGCAUAAUACGCGCUUUUUGCACUUGCUCCGGAGGUUGCUCGAAUUCGAUCCGGACAAACGCAUCACAGUCGAAGAGGCGCUCUCGCAUCCUUACUUUAGCCUUCAUGCGAACGACUUUCCCGCAUGA